AGCGGCGCGGAGGGAGGCCCGCAUCAAGAUGGCGGCGGAAGGGCCAGAAGCGCCGGCCAGCCCCGGUCGUGGCGGGACCGAAGGCGGCGAGGCAGUCCCGGGGGCAGAGGCGGCCGGUGAGGCCGCCGCUGUGGACCGCGCCGGCCCUGAGCAAGAGGUGCUUCCUAAGCCAGAUGAGGCGGCACCAGUACAAGGCUGCAACGGGGUCAGCACCGACGCCAGUGCCGCAGCCCUGCGGCUCGAAGCGGCUAUGGAGGAAGCCCCCCAGCCCCCUGCGCCUGACGUGGUGACUCAUGCUGCACUCAGCAUGCCCAUGGAGGAUCUCUCCAUCACGUACCCGCUGGAAUUUGAGCGCUACUGGAGGGCAGCUCAAGAGAACCCGCUCGACUUCACUGCGUGGACAGAACUGUUGCAGUAUGUGGAGCAAGAGAAUCACAUUUAUGCAGCCCGCAAAGCCUUUGACAGCUUCUUCAUGCGGUACCCCUACUGCUACGGCUACUGGAAGAAGUACGCGGACAUGGAGCGUCGCUUUGACUUCAUCAAGGAGACAGAGGAGGUCUUCCAGCGAGGUCUUCAGUCCAUUCCCCUCAGCAUGGACCUGUGGAUCCAUUACAUCUCCUUCCUGCAGUCCACGCUGGAUAUGAAUCUGCCAGACUCUGCUCAGAAGAUCUGUGGUACUUUUGAGUCGGCCGUGGCUGCUGCAGGGGUGGAUUUCCGCUCAGACAAACUCUGGGAGAUGUACGUGGAUUGGCAGAGGGAGCAGGGUGACCUGAAAGCCAUCACCGCCAUCUACGACCGCGUGCUCAGCACUCCGACCCAGCUGUACAGCCAUCACUGGGAGAAGUUCAGGGAGCACGUGGCCAGCCACUCACCCAGAGAUAUUCUCUCCACGGAGGAGCUGGUGUGGCUUCAGUCUAAGAUAGUCUCCGACACGUCAGCCAAGACCACGGAAAUGGAGGCUGAGGAGGCUCCGCCUGGGGAGGACAUGCCCCUGAAGACGGACACCCUGCAGGAGACCGGAGAGGGGAGCCAAAUGCUGGGACCCCUGGACAAUGACAAGAUCCGGGAACUUGUAUUGUCUAUCCGCCAACAGAUCUUCGCCCAGAACGAGGCAGAAGUCAGCAAGCGCUGGAAUUUUGAGGAAGGGAUCAAGAGGCCCUACUUCCAUGUGAAGCCCCUGGAGCGAGCCCAGCUGCGGAACUGGCGGGACUACCUGGACUUCGAGAUCGCCAGUUCCUCCCACGACCGCGUCAUAGUCCUCUUCGAGCGCUGUGUUAUUGCCUGCGCCCUCUACGAGGAGUUCUGGAUCAAGUACACGCGGUACCUCGAGAACCACAGCAUAACGGGGGCCAGGAGUGUCUUCCAGAGAGCCUGCGGCUACCACCUCCCUCGGAAGCCCAACGUCCACCUCCUCUGGGCUGCAUUUGAGGAGAAGCAAGGGGAAGUGGAAGAGGCGCGGCGCAUCCUGAAGACCUUCGAGGAAUGCGUGCCCGGCCUGGUCAUGGUGCGUUUGCGCCGCGUGAGCCUGGAGCGUCGGCUGGGCAACAUGGAGAUGGCCGAGGCACUCCUGAUGGAAGCCAUCCGGGACAACGAGGGGAUGCCCGUCUCUUCCUUCUACUCAGUCAAGUUAGCCCGGCAGGUUUUGAAGGUGCAGAAGAAUUUGAUCAAAGCCCGGAAAAUCCUCUUGGAGGCACUGGAGAAGGAUCCGGACAAUGCUAAGCUCUAUGCCAACCUCCUGGAGAUGGAGUUCAGCGCCGACGUCCGGCAGAACGAGGGCAACACCAUGAGCAGUUUUGACCGAGCCCUGACCAGCGGCCUCCCCUUAGAAACCAAGAUUAUCUUCUCACAGCGCAGGGUGGAAUUCCUGGAGGACUUCGGAUCCAGCAUAAACAGCUUGCUGACAUCCUACGACGAGCAUCAGAAGCUUCUGAACCAGCAGAUGAUGAGGAAGAGGCUCUUGGAAAAUGGCAGUGGCGAUGAAGCAGAUGAGAAAAGGAUGCGAGUGGAGGAUGCUGCUGGAGGGGGCAACCUGGCAGUCGCAACGACGGGCAUCACACCUCUGAUGGCAGCUGACGUGGGCAACAGCGCCAGCAGCGCGUAUAACUACAGUACUUGGUACCAGAACUACAGCAACUAUGGGUACCAGAAUGCCUGGAACUACAAUCAGUAUUACCAACAGACCUGAACACGGCCGCAGUGGGGUAGGGGCGGUCCCUCCGAGAGGCGGGGGCAGCUGCUUCUGGCGGAUCCCAAAGUAGAGGCAAAACCAGUUCUGGCUUGGACCGUCAGGCACCUCCUCUAGCAGCCGUGGAGAAGCCAGAACUGCUCCCAGCUUACUUUUUGCUGUUGUUUUUUCUCCUCGUUUGGUGUGUUGAGCUGUCUGACCAUCUGUGCCCAACUCUGACUUGCUGCCAGCAGGUUAGGUGCUGAAGGCACUCAUUCCGAGCAGAGCUGCAGUUGCUCAGCACCCGAGGGAGGCCGCCCCAGUUCUCCCGAGAUCCCCUGGGAGACCGAGUGAUCACGGACUGCGUCGGCAGCAGGACACACAGAGCAUCACACACACCAUUUCCACUGAACUGAGUUCUCUGAACUAGUACCUCUUUUGUAAACUUUUUCCGCACCGUUUAUGUGUUGCAACUGUAAAUAAACUAGUUUUCUCUGACUUGAGUUCAAAUACA